GUUGUGCAUACCGCCGUGACUGUCUCGAAACUUUUCUGUCCCAGAUAUUUUGAUCGGUUUUGGCAUACGAGGGAAUUUAAUUCAACUAGAGCAUCCUGGUUUACCUAACGACUUUUCAUCCAUUUGUUGUUAUUUGCCUUUACAGAAUUAACAUCUAUUAAAAUGUUCCUGACAAGAUCAGAAUACGACAGAGGUGUGAACACAUUCUCACCAGAGGGAAGACUCUUUCAAGUCGAAUAUGCCAUUGAAGCAAUAAAGUUGGGGUCUACAGCUAUUGGGAUCCAGACAUCUGAGGGAGUUUGCUUAGCUGUUGAAAAGAGAAUCACAUCACCCCUUAUGGAACCAAGCAGCAUUGAAAAGAUUGUUGAAAUUGAUGCACACAUAGGCUGUGCAAUGAGUGGAUUAAUAGCUGAUGCAAAAACACUAAUUGACAAAGCAAGAGUAGAAACACAGAACCAUUGGUUUACAUACAAUGAAACAAUGACGGUGGAGAGUGUAACACAGGCUGUAUCUAACUUGGCUCUUCAAUUCGGUGAGGAGGAUGCUGACCCUGGGGCAAUGAGCCGUCCUUUUGGUGUAGCACUUUUGUUUGGUGGUGUUGAUGAAAAGGGACCCCAGCUGUACCACAUGGACCCUUCUGGUACUUUCGUGCAAUGUGAUGCUAGGGCAAUUGGAUCAGCAUCAGAGGGAGCACAGAGCUCCCUGCAAGAAGUUUAUCACAAGUCAAUGACAUUGAAAGAUGCAAUCAAGUCUUCAUUGACUAUCCUUAAGCAAGUAAUGGAAGAAAAACUUAAUGCAACCAACAUUGAGCUUGCAACAAUAGAACCUGGCAAGACUUUUCACAUGUACACAAAAGAAGAGCUGGAAGAAGUCAUCAAGGAUAUUUAAGGAAGUGCAAGCUAGGAAAAAGCACAAAAAAAUCUGACAGCAUUUUGGCAAGAAGCCCAAUAGGGCUUCCCCAAUUUGUUCCUCUUUUGUUGAUCCUGGAAUUUUUUUUAUUUUUAUUUUAAUAAACACAGCUGUAUGGGCAGACAAAAUGCUGUUAGAAUUUUUUUUUGUUUAUAUAUAUUUUUGUUUUUAUUUUUUUUUUAUUUCCCUUUUCCCCCAGUCAUUUUUCAUCUUCAAAAAAUUUUAGCUACAGUGUAACAUUAUCUUCUCUCUUUUGUUAGACGUGAAGAGCUAGAGCUAAUGGUUUUUCAGCCAACCUACUUCAAAUAAUGUAUAAAUGAUUCAAAAUAUUCUUUUCAUAAAUGAAAAUCGCAACAAAUAUUUUU